GCCCAGCCACAAAAUGACGGCGACGGGGAGCGUGCAUAGACGGCGGCCUCCGGGCAAGCCUCGUUCCAGAUCCUUGGCCAAGCGGGCCAGCUAGAAACGCCCCGCUGUUUGGGGUGGCCCCGUCUCCGCUGGUCAGCGAUGCAGCCGGAAGAGAGCAGCGGCCCCUGCUUCCGCUACUGGAUUACCGUCUGCUUCUCGCUGGUGGUGGUCGUCAGCGUCGCCGAUCCCGGCUCGCAUGCAGACCCGGGCCGAGGAGGUGGCUGCGAAUUCCCUCAGCGCUGGCGGGGCGUCUGGUUCCAGAAGGGCGCCCACCCGGCCAUCAGCAUAGAGCGCACGCAGAUCACAUUCAAGGGAACCUGCGUACAAGCUGACGGAGACAUGUUCCUCAUCGAAGACAGGAGGGAGCGGUGUUUUCGUUGCGUUGCCAUAUACGAGAAGCACGAAAACGUUCUUCAGUACAGAGAAACGUACUGCGACGAGUUCGACAACCUGAAGGAAGCCUGCCAUUUGCUGAACGUGGACGCACACCUGCAUUCUUUGUUCAGGGUGGAGGCGUCUCCGGUGGCGUGUCCCUUCCGGGGCCCCCUGACCUUCACGUACAACCGCGGCCACGGCGAGUGCCGGCACCCAGUGUCCACGGUGGACUCGUGCUCCGCCGACUGGCGGAUACUCUUCAGGUUCCAGGCCUGCGCCGACGUCCACGGCACCGAGAGCAGCGUGGAGGAACUGACAUGCCUGGCGACUUGGAAGGAAGGUUCGGCCUACUACCUCGUCGGCAAAAUGGUCCAGAGGAAACUGCACGCGCUGCCUUACUCGGACGGCGACAGCUACCGUUGCUUUGUGUACGAGCACGUGGGCCACCAAAACUCGUUCCGGGUGUCGCAGUCGCCCGAUGCAACCUGCGACGGCCUCGUCUCCGCCUCCGAGGGCUCGCGCAUCAUGACCCUCACCAAGAGCCGGCAGCCCAGCGCGGGCUGUCACUUCCCGCCGUGGAGCGCGUCGGGUUCCCGCCGCUGGCACAGCCUGGACGGCCGGCGGAGCUUCGUGUUCGGCUCGCGCCAGAUGCGCGUCCACCGGGCGCAGCACUCGUCGGGCGAGACGCAGCAGCCCGAACUGCGCGUCACGUGCAUCCAAGAGCUGGCGCAGGGCACCAACGCCAGCACCCUCGUCGGCUACAGCACGUCCGGAUGCAAUAACGGCUACGUUUGCGUGGCUAUUCAUCGGAGAGACUCGCACGUAUUGGAAAUUCAAAUGGGUGAGCUGAGCCGAACUGCGCGGGACGCCUGCGCGCCGCCAGCGUUCGACCCAGAGUCACAAGAUUUCAUCACGCUGCUGGCUUUGUCGGCGCCGUUCGGGGGCGACGGUUCGGCGUUGUCGCAUCCGUGUCCGGCGCUGGCGCUCACCGACGGCCUUCGGGCCACGGGUCGGGCAUCGUGGAAGCCCGACGGGUGCCGGGACGUGCUCGGAUGCCGGCGCCACAGCCACCUGGAGUUCCGGGCAGCCGGCUGCGGCGGCGAAGAGCAAGUCUUGUCGGCCGCCGCCACGUCGCCGGCUGCCGCCACUCCCCGGGCGCUGGUCGCCAGCAGGACUUUCCAGUGUCACGGUGGCUGGCAAGAGAACGGCCGGAACUACCUCAUCACGGGUCUCAAGGGCUCCAAGGAUAAAUUCUGUUUCGUGUUCUCCGAGGCGGACAAGGUAACGCAGCUGUCCGGCCUGCACGACACCUGUCGUCGCACGGUGUUGCCUGGUGUCACAGGGAACAUCACUUUCAACAUCAGCGCCGCAGGUGACUGCGACUUCCAACCGAGCGGGGCGCCGUCCAUCAUCCCCGCCGUGUCGUCCAUGCCACAGCUUCUCGCGGCUCUGCUUUGCCUGUGGAGAUGGACGCAGCCGCGGUGACGGUCUCAGGCGAGGGACCGAUCCGCUGCCGCCGUGCCUGCACCCCGACCAGUACCGCCCACCGGAAGACGCCGCCCGGAGGAGGAGGACAACCACCGUCAACACCCACCGACGAAGACGAGACGACGCCCGAGAGAGCGGAGCGUCACAGCCCUUCGGUGUUUGUCUUCUGUGUAUGUGCUAGGUGAUCGCUGAAACUGUCCACAGUGUUCCGCGAUUUCUGCAUCCCGUCACGGCGGAAAGAAACGUCGCGCGUGAUCCCCGCCGUGUUCUCUCCUUCCCGAGGAUCUUCGGAAGACCAGGUGUGAAAAACGCGACCCACUCGUGGCGCCAGGUUCUCUACUCGUCAACCCUGUUACAAACCAUCGUUGUGGACCGAACCUCCAAACCAGGACCGUCGGCGUCUCCGUGACGCGCUUGCUAGCUGCACCCAGUCAACAGUCGUUGAAUCCUCGUGGGUGGCCAGUAGUUGUGCCGUGACCGACCUGUGUUUGAUUUGUGGCAGACCUCUGGGUGACCCUUUAGUGACCUUUAGGUGACGUGCGCGUCGCUACGACGAGCUGGGGCAUCCUUUUCCGACCGUCGUGAUGGGGGGGAUACGUCGGUUCGUUUUAGAGGGGGAAUAUUAGCUGUACUUGUUUUUUGAUGACUGUUUCGCGCCCAGAUGCAACCAGCAGGAGCUUUCUUGCGGAGAGAAAGCCAUCGCGCAUGCGUCAUAAAUAAUGUGGUUGCUCGUGCGCCCCGCGCGCAUGCGCAAUCGGAGCGCAGCUCCUGACGCAGGCGCGUGGGUGUGAUUGUUCAAUUGCGGUUUAAUUUUUUUAUAUAUAUAAAGGAAACAUGCGCACAGCAACCAGCUUCUGUAGGUGCGAUUGCGUCCAGAACGUGUUCUUCGUAAGGACGGCUUCUAGAAAAAAAAUAAUACUAGGCCAUCGUUACGUUUCCGACACCUGUAACAUAAACGAACAAUCAAGGAACGCCCUCAAAGGUGGCAAUACGAACUACUAACAUUUUUAUUAUUGUCGAAGGCGUGUAAAUUUUGAAUAAUCGCACUUAUUUUUUUGAACCAACGUAGCGACCGCAAUACUGAUUUAAUUCACGACGUCUUUACAGAGCCACUCGGAAUGUACUAUAACCGAUGAUUGUCUGUUAUUAAUAUCUACGCCUAAGGCCUCUUCUUGCGCGUAAAACAAAGGUAAACACUAAAUAGCUUCAAUGACAUAUUUUAUUCAUUAUUUUUUUUCAAAAGCGUAGCUGAACACCACGAAAUAUUUUUUCUCGUUUUUAUAGCUGAACGUGGUUAAUCGAAUUGCGUAAUUAUAGUAACUAUCGCUUCUGGCUUUAAGGAACACUCCAUCGACGACACUGAAUGAAACAGAACCGAAUUAACGCCGCGAUAGGAGAGACGCUUGACAGGUCCGAGCUUAUACCGACGAAACAAGAUGACUGAUGGGGCAGUUUAUCCUGCCCUGACGAAACAAAGCCAAGUGGCGGUCACGAUUAGUGGUAUGAUGGCAGCUUGCACGCAGAAUGCAGCGCGACAGCGUAGAUGGGCUCUUAUAAUGGUCAGAUUUAGGUGGGCGUCCGACAGCAGCCGUACGAACGCUGCCUGCCAGCCAUUCGCAGUGGGAGGCUGCGUUCGUAUACUGCAGCUGCGGACACGCAACUAAAUCUAAUUUCAUAGAAUAAGGACCUGUACCCGCACCAUGCGCACAGCCACACCGCCCGUGGCUGGACACCUGCUGCACGCAAGCGGAGGUGUCCCGGCACGUAUGGUGCGGCUGUGCGGAUAGCGCGUGUACAAGCACUAAGGGCCGUUUCAUGUACUCUCCGCCCAGCCCCAAUGCACGUGCGUUCCACGCGCUACCCGCACAGCCGGAACCCUCGUGCCGGGACCCCUGCCGCACGCAAGUGGGGGACA